AUGGUGAAAAAUCGUCGCUUUGAAAAUAAAUCUUCUGGAUAUGGUAUACGACAUUUGCAAAUCCUUUUGCUCUCUAGCGCAAUGGCCGUGGGCUUCGCGAUGCGAGUGAAUCUAUCCGUGGCUAUUGUGGACAUUGUUGAAUUUCCCGAAUACAAUUGGUCGGAGAGAAUCAAAUCCCUGGUGCUGAGCAGCUUCUUUUGCGGCCAUGUGAUUACUCAGGUGCCAGCCGGUUCUCUGGCUCGCCGAUUUGGUGGCAAGGUGACAAUCCUGACCGGAUUAUCUAUUUGCUCCGUGCUGACUAUUCUGACGCCACUCUGCGUGAGCCUGGGUGGCUGGAAGAUGCUAUGUGCUGUGCGCCUCAUUGAGGGUGUUUUGCAAGGCGUACUGUUUCCCUCCUGCCAUACGGUGAUCUCGGCCUGGGUGCCUCCCAAUGAGCGAGCGACCAUGGGAAACCUUACCUAUGCCGGCUAUCAAUUUGGCAUGAUUGCCAUGUUGGCCACCAGUGGCCUUUUGGCCUCCAUGGGUGGCUGGCCGAGCAUCUUCUAUGCAUCGGGGGCAGCUGGCUGCCUUUGGUCGGUCGUGUACUACUUUUGGGGCGCCAGCACGCCAGCUCAAUCCAAGAGAAUUACGCCAGAGGAGAGAGAGCUCAUUGAGCUGGGACAUGCGAGCGAGCGAACUGAAGAUGCCGAACUACCGAGCCAUCAUCAGAUUACUCCGUGGCUGACCUUCUUCAAGUGUCCUGCAGUGCUGGCUUUAAUUGCCGUGCAAUCUGCCCACGGCUUCGGAUUUUGCUUGUUGCUCACACAGAUUCCAAGCUACAUGAAGAAUAUCUUGGGCAAGGACAUCAAGACAAAUGCUCUUCUAUCUGCAUUGCCCUACACGACCAUGUUCGUGCUCAGUUUUGUGUUCGCUUGGCUCUCCAAGCGAUUGCAGCGAACGGAAUGUGUUUCGCUCUCGUGGAAUCGAAAGUUGUUCAACUCGAUUGGAAUG